AUGUCUGGCUAUGCCCUUUUUGGUCUUCAGAGGCUACUCUAUGGCCCGUUGCGACAAAUCGAAACCGAACAAUUAUACGAGAAGGCAUGGUUUGCGGUUACAGAGACAUGCCUUGCCAUGACGAUAUUUCGAGGCGAGCUAGGAGCCUGGUUCAUGGUCAUGUUUGUUUGCUUGCUGGCGGGCAAAGUUUGGGGAUGGAUCGGUGAAGGUAGGGUAGAGAUCCUGGAGCAACAACCGCCGGCCAAUCCUCGUUUGUUCCACACACGACUCGCCGUGUCGUUAAUCAUAUCUGUGCUAUUCAAUUCGCAGAUGCUCGAAUACGCUAUCAAAACGGUCCUGCGUCAGGCUCGCCCAGAUAUGAUGGUGAUGUUCGGCUUCGAAUUUGCCGUUCUUACUAUUCUUUCUACUUCGACGAUGGCUAGAUAUACUCUCUCGCUAGCAGAGAUCUACAUCACUCGGCGGCAGAAACAGGCCAAGUUGGCAGAGCGCCGAGCAGAGAUUCGGGCAGAAAGAGAAGAGAUGAUCCGUCGACAGGCCGCCUCGGGGCUUGCAACCCCUAAUGCGGACAAUCUGCCGAGUGAAGACGAUAUUGACGAAAUGGAGCUAGAUGUUUCUGGGUGGGAAGAGAAAGGUCGAUGGGUAUUCUAUCUAGAUCUUAUUACUGACUUUCUAAAGCUGGUGGUCUACUUAUCCUUCUUCGCAAUCCUGUUCAGGUUCUACGGACUCCCUAUCCAUAUCCUCAGAGAUGUUGUUGUCACGAUGAGGUCAUUUGCUAAACGCAUUAUCGAUUUUAUCCGGUAUCGAAACGCUACCCGAGAUAUGAAUCAGCGAUAUCCAGAUGCGACUGCGGAAGAGAUCGAGAGGGAGGAUGUCUGUAUUAUAUGCCGGGAGGAGAUGCAGCCGUGGGUCCCAGUUCCGGCAGCAAAUGACGGGGCUGCUCCUACUCGGCCAUCAAGGCCCAUUCCAGAAAGGCUACGAGCAAAAAAGUUACCCUGUGGCCACUUGCUUCAUUUUUCAUGUCUUCGAAGCUGGCUGGAGCGGCAACAGAACUGCCCUACAUGCCGACAGCCGGUCACUACAGCUACUCGAGGGAAUGCCAGGCCAUUCACAGGGCGUGGUGCCGCCGCAGGAGGACAAAGAGGCGGAGACCAGCCACAAGGUGGGAAUGAUGCUGCUGCUGGAGACGGCGAUAACAGAGGCCGCAUGUGGUUUCUUAACUUUGGACCUAUCCGCAUUGGAUUUGGAGCCGGUCGUGGCGAUAUGCUGCAGAAUAUCGAUAUGGGCCAGGGCCAGGGCCAGGGUGCGCAGGCUCCAGGUGCAAAUCAAAACCAAAACCCACCUGCGGGGCAAGCCCCACGAACAGGCUUUGGGUUCGGUAUAGGCCGUCCUGCCACCCAUACUCAUGGAACUAUGUCUAGUCCUACCACCGAAUUCAACCACCGAGAUGUGCAGCAGGUCAUCCACCAGCUUGAGCACCAAGUGAGCCAAGAGAUAAACAACCUGACGAACACCGCGGAUCAACUACAGAUAAUACGGGCUCUACAUUCCGAACUAACACGGCUCCGUGGCGUUCAAGGCAAUACAUCUACUAGCCAAGGCGCCGCCGGCUCAGGUUCUUCAACCACCCAGGCACCGCCUCCCUUGACUGCUCGAACAUUUCCGCCAGGGACAUCCCCCAUCACUACCAUAACCCAGCGCUACAUUGCGUCAAACCCACAGUUUAAUGCGAUACCUUCAGGUGAUUCACGACUUCCCGAGGGCCUCACCAUUCCACCAGGAUGGACGUUGGUCCCUAUGCAGCGCCUGCAACAGGCAGGCCAGACAGCGGAUCACCAUAACACUACAGCAGUGAACGUUGGUGCAAACGCCGCGACCGCAUCAUCUCCCUUAUCCUCAUCUCCUCCGGCGUCAACAUCAACUUUCUCUUUCCUAAACCCCCAUCCGACAACCCCAACUACAUCACAGCCCACUACCCAAAACCAGGAGAGUGGAAACAGCAGCACAUCAGGUGCUAGAUCCUCAAGCUCACCAGACUUCAUGAGGACCAGCACUACACAUCAGUCCUCCCCAACUAUACCCACUGCCCAAGGCAUUUCUGCCAACACAGCUAAUUCUACAUCCUCCCCUGGCAUAUUACGGCAGCAGGAAGGACAAGGUUCGUCUUCCCGUGGAACUUCUCUCUUCCAAGAGGCGCCGGAGGAAAAUGGAUCACUCUUCAACAAUCCAGAGACACCCAAGCUCCCCGAGGAGGAGGGCGACGACGACGAUGAAGAUGAGGAUAGUGAAGAGGAUGAUGAUGAAGAAGAUGAAAACGAAGAAAACGAUGGCCCUGACUCUAGUAUAUCUGACUCUUCAACGAAGGGCAAGGGUCGAGCAGUCACGGUGGAAGACGAGGUGGAUUCCGAGUGA